AUAAUCAACCCCUUUUAUUUUUGGUUCCUUCUCUCUCCCCGAUAGUGUUCCCCGUCCUUCCGUGUGUCUCUCUGUGUGAAAGCAACGGCUUCUAGGGUUCUUCUCAUCUCAAUUUGCAGACCCUUAUUAUCUAAUUCGCUUGGCUCUUCCCUUUUUCACAGGAUUCCCACAAUUGGCGACAAGAGUUAAAGGCUCAUAUUCAAACAUCAUUGCUUUGGAUAUUUAAUGAUCUUUCAAUUUAGAUAAUGUUAACAAAGAUCUCUUCUUAUAUCCCACCCAUUAAGACCUAGGCAAGGCCUGGGUAGCUAUAUUAAGAUAAUGUUUGACUCUGGAAUUCUUCCUCAUCAGGUAAUUCAUAGUUAGGAGAGGGAUGGAGAAAGUGCAGAACCCUGUGACUCUACUCUUAUAAGUGAACAUUGCAGGAUAUGUGAAGACUCUUAAAGCAGCAAGAUGAGCAAUGAUGCCUUUGAUGUGCAGAUAUUAGAUGAGAAGUUGUCAAAACUCAACAACUCGCAGCAGAGCAUUGAAUCUUUAUCACGAUGGUGUAUUUUGCAUCGGAAGAAAGCAAGACAGAUUGUUGAGAUAUGGGAUAAAUUAUUCAACUCAUCCCAGAGAGAACAGCGUGUUUCUUUUCUAUAUUUGGCUAAUGACAUCUUGCAAAAUAGCAGGCGCAAGGGUAGUGAGUUUGUGAAUGAAUUCUGGAAAGUUCUUCCUGCAACACUCAAACAAGUUUAUGAAAAUGGAGAUGAACCUGGGAAGAAAGUGGUGACUAGACUGGUUGAUAUAUGGGAGGAACGGAAAGUUUUUGGUUCUCGAGGACAGGGUCUUAAAGAUGAAAUGCUCGGUAAGAAUCCUUCUCCUCCUCCUCCUCCUCCUCAGGUAGCGAGCAAUGGAAAGAGCUCAAAUCCUAUCAAGAUAGUGAAAAGGGAUGCCCACUCAGUAAGAAUUAAAUUGGCUGUUGGAGGUCUGCCAGAGAAGAUUCUAACAGCAUUUCAAUCAGUAAGUGAUGAGCAUCUUGAUGAAGAAGCUGCUUUAAAUAAGUGUAAAGCUGCUGUGUUCCAUGUUGGUAAAAUUAGGGAAGAAGUGGAAAAUGGUUUGUCUCUAGGAAAUCAGCAAGGUUCCACAUUUGUGGAUGAUUUACAAGUGCAGGAAAACGUCCUCCAGCAGUGUAUUGGGAAGCUUGAAAGUGCUGAAGCAACCAGGGCUAUGUUGAUUUCGCAGCUUACAGAAGCACUUAAGGACCAAGAAUCAAAGCUGGAUGUCAUUCGUGCCGAGUUACAAGUUGCUCGAGGCCAAAUUGAGCAAGCAGUCAAUCUGAGGACUAGGUUGACAUCUCUGACUCUUCCUGGCUCCACCACUUCGAUUCCAAUGCUGGAUGCUGCAAAAAUUAUAGAGCACAAUACACCUCCACUUCAGUCAACCAGCACUCCGCUGCCUACCCUUGCACAACCUGUGGUUUCUUUUGCACCAAUGAAAACUUUGGAUGAGGAGAGCAAGAAAGCCGCUGCAGCAGCUGUUGCUGCAAAGCUUGCUGCCUCUACAUCCUCUGCACAGAUGCUUACAUCUGUUCUUUCAUCUCUUGUUGCUGAAGAAGCUGCCUCAAUGAAUGGUGGCUUAAAGUCAACUGGAUUCACCUCAGGCUUGACCAUGUUUCCCUCAGAAAAACGACCAAAACUUGAGAACCCUAUGCCAGUAUCUGAUAGCAAUUCUGAUGUAGGUAACACAACCUAUUUUAAUCCUUUACAACAGCAACCAGGGACAACUGUGCCUCUUGUACCACCAACUUCAAGCAUGCAAUCCAUGUCCCAAUCCAACCAGAUACAAACUUCAUUUGGUAUGUUGCCUCCAUUGCCACCUCCACCUCCUCUAUCUCCAGCCAGUGCACCGACAAAUCAAUUUGCCCAGUCAUCUGGUAUGAUGCUUGGGAUGAUGCCUUAUGGUUAUGGAGCGAAUGCACUACCACCCCCACCUCCGUUACCCCCUCAUAUUGCGAUGGGAUUGGCAAGACCUGCUGCUCAGUCAUCACAACAGUCGCAAUCUCAGCAACCACAGCAGCAGCAGCAAACACCAGCAACUGGAGGAUAUUACAGGCCACCAGGCGUUGGGUUCUAUGGACAAAACCAUCAAUCAGCAACACCUCCAGUACCGCGGCAGUGAGUCUUCCCUCGAAACUAAUGGGGAAAGCCUUUAGGAGGUCGUUGGUUUUAUGGUUUGAGCCGUAAGUAAACUCCAGAAAUAGCUUAGGGUGAAUGCCUGUCGUAAAAGUGUCAAUGAGCCUGGAGGGUCUCCUCUGACCCUUGUGAUACAUGUAUAUUGAUAGAAAAUUGCAUCUAGGGGCUUUAUUUGAAGUAUGUUGAGAUGCACAUAACCCCCUUCUUCCUCCCUCCCUGUCAAAUCUUAAUCUACUGAACCAAAUGUCUGUUAGGUUCAAUGGGAGCUCCGCAUAAAAUGAAAUUUUCCUAGAUAGGUGUAUCUUAAUCUAACUGUUCAUGUACCAUUAGCAUAUGUAUCAUGUGUACUUCAUAGUUAUGGAAGCCUUACAAUGGAUUGCUACUGA